UUAUGAUAAGCUUUAAUAAAGGGCCCGGUCAUUUGCCCCGCCCCCGGCCCGGCUCUGACUUGUUCCGCCACUGUCACUGAUGUCACUGUUUGCGCUGCUUAACGACAUCACAUGACGUCCACCCACUUUCGCUAACUCCACCCAAUGUGUCCACCCACUUCCAGCCAGCACGGUUCAGCGCGGUUGUAGUCGAAAUGCAACUCCAACAGCCCCGCUCAGCUCGACUCGGCACGGCACGGCUCGGCUCGGCUCGGCUCAGCCGCGUUUGUAGUGGAAAAGCGGCAUAAGUAAAUCUAUGGGGGAGAAGUCGAGAGACUUGGAGGGGGAGCUCCGGCAUUUUGGCGAGGCUGGGCAGCGGAGUUUUUAGGAAAAGCGGGGGGAAAAAAAAGAAGUCCCAUUCCGGUAGCUGAGUAAGCUAACCAAGUGUAACGUGACUCGUGGGCAUGCUUAUAUUUAAAGUGUAAGUAGCUGCACAGUUAGCACCAUUGGCUUCCAAACAGUCAGUGGUUCCACGGUGUAGCCAGCGUGGGAGCCACGCAGCCCGGAUAGCGCCCUGGUGACCUGGAAAGCCAGCGGUUCCUCCGGCUACGAGGGAGCAAAGUCAUCAGCUAUCUGCAGUCGGCCUUGUACAGAGCGCGCGAGGUUUUCCUUUGUUUCCGACGGGGACUGCGGUACCGGAAGGAACGCACGUCUGGCCCAUUGACAGCGAGGAAAAGAAGGCUGUCAGUGUGGAUACAUUCAUUCUGUUGCGCUCAUCAAUAAGGAUGUGAUUCAUGGCGCUAAAUCCACGUUCACACUCUGGAUAUUGUUAUCUACAAUGUAUCUAUUUGCUGGGGACGUUCGUGAACAUCAAAGCUGCCACUUCGGGUCAUUUUGAAAGUUCAAAACACAGGAGGAAGAAAAUGGCUGAAUCUUCAUCACCAGCAAAAGACAGAAGAAGAAGCAGCAUGGAAGAACCACGUUCAUCAUUUUCUGGUGACUCCAGUAGUCUCCUGUCUGAAGAGCAGCUGCUGUGUUCGAUCUGUCUGGAUGUGUUCACUGAUCCAGUCACCACUCCAUGUGGACACAACUUCUGUAAGAGCUGCCUUACACAGUGCUGGGAGAAGAGUCAACACUGUCACUGUCCAUUAUGUAAAGAGAAAUUCACCAAGAAACCUGAACUGAAGAUUAAUACAACACUGAGAGAGGUUGCAGAUCUCUUCAAGAAGAAACGUGGUCCUGAUAAACCUCAGGUUCUUUGUGAUGCCUGCACUGGAGAGAAGCUGAAGGCCCUGAAAUCCUGUCUGGAUUGUGGACUGACUUUCUGUAAAACUCAUUUAGAGCCUCAUAAUCAUGUUUCCAAACUUAAGAAACACAAAUUAAUAAACCCUGUGGAGAACCUGGAGGACUACAUAUGCCAGAAACAUGAGAGACCGCUGGAGCUGUUCUGUAGAGAUGAUCAGACGUGUGUGUGUCAGUUCUGCACUGAGACAGACCACAAGAAUCACAACACUGUUCCUAUAGAGAAGGAGAGCGGAGAGAGGAAGACUCAGCUGGGGAAAACACAGACAGACAUGCAGCAGAUGAUUCAGGACCGACUGAAGAAGAUCCAAGAGAUCAAACACUCAGUCGAGCUCAGCAAAAGAAGCACAGAGAAAGAGAAAGCAGACAGUGUUGAAGUCUUCACUGCUCUGAUUCGCUCCAUUGAGAGAAGUCAGGCUGAGCUGCUCGAGGUGAUGGAGGAGAAGCAGAGAGCAGCAGAGAGGCAGGCUGAAGGACUCAUUAAAGAGCUGGAGCAGGAAAUCACUGUGCUAAAGAGGAGAGACACUGAGCUGGAGCAGCUCUCACACACUGAGGAGCAUCUCCACCUCCUACAGAUUUACUCCUCCAUGUGCAGCCCUCCACACACCAAGAACUGGACUGAGAUCAGUAUUAACACUGAUCUGAGUGGGGACACUGUGAGGACAGCUCUGUCUCAGCUUCAGCAGACUCUGAAUAAAAAACUCACUAAAACACUCAAUGACAAGUUAAAGGAAGCAGAACUGAAGAGGAUUCAGCAGUAUGCAGUGGAUGUGACUCUGGAUCCUGAUACAGCAAAUCCAUAUCUCAUCCUGUCUGCUGAUGGAAAACAAGUGACACAUGGAGACAAGCGGCAGAAUCUCCCUGAUACACCACAGAGGUUUGAUUAUUAUGGCUGUGUUCUGGGAAAGCAGAGUUUCUCCUCAGGGAGAUUUUAUUAUGAGGUGCAGGUCAGAGGGAAAACUAAGUGGGAUUUAGGAGUUGUGAGAGAGAACAUUAACAGGAAGGGGGAGAUUACACUGGAACCUCAGGAUGGAGUCUGGACUGUGGGACUGUGUGAUGAGAAUCAGUAUGAGGCUAAUGCUGGUCCCCCUGUCCCCCUCACACUGAGAGAGAAGCUGGAGACGGUGGGGGUGUUUGUGGAUUAUGAGGAGGGUCUGGUCUCCUUUUAUGAUGCGAAGUCCAGAUCUCAUAUCUACUCUUUCACUGCUCAGUCUUUCACUCAGAAACUCUAUCCAUUCUUCUGUCCUUCUUUAAAUGAAGGAGGUAAAAAUUCAGCCCCACUGAUCAUCUCUCCUGUAUUAAAGACUGAAUGAAUUUUCAACUCACAAAUAUAAUCAUCUAUUAAAUGGUGAGAAUAAACAGAAAUAUUUUACAUUUUCUGGUUAAUUUUCAUAAAACAUUUUUCCCCUUUAUAAUGCUGUACAGUGUAUUUUAAUACCUGGGUUACUUUUUUGCAGAAACAAAUAAUUUUACUCCUACUGUCUGUUGCUACACAUUUUGAUUGUGGAACU